GUUGAAGGCGGAGCGACGAGCCACCACCGCGUCUUAACCAUCACAUGCGACGCGUCCGCACGUGACACACCCGGUCUCUCCCCGGCCGUCCGAAAUUUCUCAGCCACCGCACGCUUGAUACAGCGCCCUCGUCACUGUCACUCCCAGCGACCGCACCCACAAAAAAGACGACAUGGCCCACGCAGAUCACACUCGGGACCCUUGCCCAUGGGUUAUCCUCUCCGACUUCGGUAGUGCCUUUGCGAUGGGUGCUGUCGGAGGCACUAUCUGGCAUGGGAUCAAGGGUGCGCGGAACUCACCAAGGGGUGACCGUCUCGUCGGCGCGAUGUCUGUCAUCAAGGCGCGGGCCCCCGUAACAGGAGGCAACUUCGGUGUCUGGGGUGGCAUGUUCUCGACAUUCGAUUGCGCUGUGAAGGGGUGGCGGCAAAAGGAGGACAUGUGGAAUGCAAUCAUCUCGGGUUUCCUGACGGGUGGAUGUCUCGCGGCACGAAGUGGACCUCGCUCAGCAUUGAGCUCAGCCAUUGCCUGCGGUAUCCUACUGAGUGUAUUUGAGGGCGUGGGUGUCCUUGUAUCUCGAGUAUUCAACGAAGGCACAAGACCACAGCUUCCCCCACUGCCGGAUUCUAUGCAAGCACAGCCGUCAUGAUUUUCUGGACUAGAUGUACACUCUGUUUUCCUGACUUUGUCUGUUUCAUCCUAAUCGCUACUCAUUUCAUUGUAUCAUAUCCUAUGCAUGCUCGUGCUCAGAGUGAGCGAUCUUCGGAUAUGGUCGAUGCUUGCUGGUACUCUUUUGUGGACGCAGAAGGGCCGUUCCGUCAGACGUUGGAUACCGAUGAUGCGCAGGGCAGCCGUACAAGAGGAUACCCAGAAGAACGAAAUGCCAGGCUUGUGCAUGUGGUGCCCGAUUUCUUUGAGACU